AUGGCUUCCGUCACUAUCAACGCCCCCGGUAACGGGCUGAUGUACAACACUUUUCUCAACACUCAGCUAUCCACCCCACGGCUCUGCAUUACCUCUGAAGAAGAUGAAUUCGAUACAGAGACUAUCCGCAACUGGCAGAACGAGGGCUUUGAUGUUAGCUACGUCCCGUUAAACAACGGUGGAAAGGAUUACCUUGGCCGUCUGAACAGCCUCAAGGAGGGACUGGGCGUGGGCGAGCAGUAUGCUAUCAUUGCCUACGGAGAUGCGGCGGCUUUCUGCCUGGAUCACUUCCACAAACCGACCACCGGUGCCAGACUCACUGCCCUCAUUGCAUACUACCCAACAUCCAUUCCCGACACCCGCACACGCUUCCCACCGAGUUUGAAGGUUCUGGUUCAUCUCGCAGGGGAUACUAUCAAAGUGGUUUCCACACCACAAGUACUCGGUCUACAAUCAAAGAAAAAACGUGUGGUAACAAGAACCAACGAUCCGGGAGUGGGCAUUGGCGAGCGCAAGGACAUGUCGUACACGGCGUUUACCUAUGAAUAUGUACAGCCGGGGUUUGGUGAAAAUGACAUGGACGAGUAUAAUCACACAGCAGCUGAACUGGCAUGGAGUCGGUCGUUGGACGUGCUGAGAAGAGCCUUUCGCAAGGAUUCUGAUCUGGAACGACAGUGGGAAAUCAACACAGAAAGCAAAUUCUUCAACGACAACCUGCCAGACACAAUGUCAACAUAUGUCACGCACAAAAACGCAGCAGUCACAUUAGGGCCGACACUCGCUGGCGGUGUGGGUGCCAAAGCCCUCCGACGCUUCUACGAAAACGAAUUUCUCUCAACAAAGCCUCCCUCUAUGCGUCUGCGUCUGCUUUCGCGCACAGUGGGAGCUGAUCGAGUUGUCGACGAGAUAUAUACCACUUUUGACCACACACUGGAAAUGCCCUGGAUGCUCCCCGGCGUCCCCGCGACUGGCAAGCGCGUAGAAGUCAUUCUUGUUGCCAUUGUCGCUCUCAAGGCAGACAAAAUCUUCACAGAGCAUCUGUACUGGGACCAGGCCAGUGUUCUCAUGCAGGUUGGUCUUUUAGACCCGAAAUUGGUUCCCCAGGGCGUCAGCGGCGUGACGAAAUUGCCCGUUACCGGCAGAGAAUCAGCUCGUCGUAUCCUCAGCGAGCAUCCUGCACGCGGCAACGAAUAUCAUCAGAAGCUGGUAGCCAACGCUAGAGAGCGUCCAGCAUCAAGCAGUACUUCUUCCAAGCCUAAGCGGUCGAACAGACAAUCCACAAGCAAAAAGCCCGAGCAGCGCAAGACCCAGGCGAAUGGCGUCCAGGGCGGCGAAUCUUCCAAAGCCAGUGACAAGGUUUCAGACGCUGAAAAGUCGCUCAAUGGGUUGAGUAUCAACGACAAGGGCAAGCAGCAGGCCAGCACUCAAGACGAGGAUGGCAAGGAGAAUGCCAACGAAGGUAGCAAUUUUGCUGAUAAUGAGAGCGACACUCCGUCCCCAGAGCGUCCUGCAAUGGCGGCACACGUCGAAUCGGAAAAGGUCGAGUAG